GGUUCCAUCGCGCACGCGACGAAAAGCGGACGCGUGGUGAAUCGCGUGUCACGCCGGUUUCCUCGACUCCGCUUCCCCUUCGAUCGCUGUUUGGUUUGGUGACAGUGGUGGUGUGGGUGGUUUCGUGCGGUUCGAAAUAGUUCUCGCGGCCGGCCAUGGAACCGCGGAGGUUCCGGAUAGCGGAGGCUAGCUGACGGGUCNGUUGACGCCGAUCGGAUGUCCGCGCGGGAGGAGGGUAGGAGGAGGCAGUGCAAGCCGGUGGAUGAAAGUGAAAACGAAACGGACCGCGACACGGGGGGAUGAACGAACGUGGAGAACGUCCGAUCGUGUCAGACACAGAGCCCAAAAGUACUGUGUGCAGCAUCAUCUUACCCCACCGUUAUCUUCUCCCAUGGCCCGUAGUAAUGCCGUGACGCGUAUGGGGAGCCGUUUGAUGGAGAAAUAUUGGACGCCACGCACAGUGGCCAUAAAACGUUCCAAGAUACGGGAGGGUCCUGCGAGGCAUGGCGUUCCAAGCCCGAUCCUGAACAGGAAGAAUGUUCAUUGACGUUGUUCAGGAACACGAGAUCCCGGCGAAGUGGCGUCUCACUGGCCCGCGACUCGAUCGCGCACGGAAAUACAAAUGUUCCCUCAAGGCUGCAAACUCGGUGGAUUGUGUGUGCAGGGCCACCCUCUUUAGAAUUCCCCGUCCGUGGAGCAAGAAGCUCGUAAAAGACAAAGGGGGUUGGUGGUAGCACAGGGGUGGAGAGAAGGCGCCGAGGCUAGGGGAGGAACGGAGGAAGGGAGGCAGGAAGAGGCGAGAAAGGAAAUAAGAAAGAUGGGAGAGAGCUCACCGGAUCUCAGCCUCCGGCUCCGGCGGGGCAGCUCCGACUCCAGGGAUUCCUUCUACAUGGAUUUUGCUCAGGGCAUCGACUCGGACAUCGAGGAGGUGGCCCGUCCAGGGGACAACUCGGACCCGAUGAUGGAGAACCAUUUGGGAGAGGAGAACGGGAACGAGCUGCCGCCUAUAGAGGACAUUACCACGAUCCCGGAGGAAGCCUCGGAGGAGUUGCGCGAGGAGGAGGAAGCCGCGGCGAUGGAGGCCGCGCUGCGAACACCCGAGGGCCCAAUAAUUAACACGGAAGCGGAGAAACCACCCCCGCCCCAACUCUCCACGCUCGCCCCCCAAGACUGGCCAGGAUUGCCGGUUGCUCUCCCGUCACCGGCUUCACCGUCCGCGGUAAUCGUUUCACCGGAAACGCUGUCUAGACACAGCAGCAGCUCACCCUCCCGCGCUCACCGGCCACCCCAGUUCGCCUUGGCUCUACCAUGCUCCUCGCAACCGAUCUCCGCGGUCUGCUAUCCGGCACCGACCUUCCUCGACGUCUCCGAGGACCGCAAGUGGAAGAAGCUCGGAUGCGACGCCCUUGCGUCGACUUUUAGCGCUCUCUACGGGAAGCUGUUGGUCGUAAUGGGAAUCGCUUUUCCCAUGGCCGAAGUAAUAUCCACCUACAUACCGCCGUCGUUCUACGAAGGGUUCUACCUUUACCUCUACUUCGGCAGCAUGAUCUUCCUCGUCUACAUGUACGCCACGUUGCUCCGCGAUGGCAAACCGAAGUCAAAAGAGAAACGGAAGGACGUGUGCGACCUGGACUCGUCGCGUUCGUCGAGCGGCGCCGGUGGCGACAGCGACGCCGCGGACACCACGUGCCCCCACGUGGCUACCGUGAGACCGGCCCAACACUACGGCAGUUUUUAUCUGAGGAUGGGCGCUGUGGCGUUCGGGAUCGGUUCCAUGAUCUACUCGGGCCUCGAGUUCGGCCAAUACUUCGAGCUCGAGCAGAACACCAAGUGCCACAACAUCAUGCUCGCCCUCACGCCGGCCACUAGGAUGGCGUUCAUCUUCAUACAGAUGUAUUUUAUAUUUCUCAACAACGAGCAAAUGAAAGUUUAUCGCCAUCGGGUGGUCGCGCGCUUUGGACUGAUGCACAUGAUCGGGACGAAUCUGUCGGUCUGGUUGAGCGUCCUUGUACAGGAAACGAAACACGAGAUUUUGACGUUCUACAAUCCGGAGAACAACUCGUUAAGGAUCUCCCACAGACUAGGCGCGAAGAGCAAUCUCGCGGUGCACAACCACUACCACCACGGGGAACAACAUCUGAGGCUUCCAAGGGGCCUUAAAGGGCCCCAUCACAUGUUCGAGUGUCGAAGAACGAACAUAAUGGGAUCGUUGGUCCAGGACGCCAGCCCGUUCCUCUUUCCUUGCACGAUCGAGUACAGCUUGAUCUGCGCCGCGAUCCUCUACGUGAUGUGGAAGAACAUAUCUAAGGCUGCCUUCUCCCAGCCUAAGACGCCACCCGGAUCCCGCCAUCACGCCCACGCUUACAGGAAAUCGCCCCACCAUUACAGCGUGGACUGCGCCCGCGCCCACAAGGGCCUGUUCGUCGGCAUCUUGAUCCUGGUGCUGACGAUCAUCUCCCUGAUCCUGUUCUUCGUGCUGAUAUCGCGUCCAGAAUUGGUCAGCUUCGCCGUGACCGAGGUGAACGUGUGCGAAUUGACCCUGUACGGGAUGUCGACGAUGGCGACGCUGAUAGGAAUGUUCCAGAUGAGGAAGCUCCGCUACGACGGGAACAGGAACUUGGAGUUGGACAAUAUCCUGUUGGUCGCUGCCCAGACGGGGAUGUUCAUCUACUCGACGUUCACGAUAAUCGGCGCCCAAUUCACCCUCGCCAAGCACACGGUCCUGGUUUUGGUGACGGCGCUCGCGAGCGUGGUGCAGACCACCUUCCAGACCAUCUUCAUUCUGGACGCGUCGAGGCGAUCCGUGGCGACCGCGAAGCAGAUCAGAAGGAAGCCCGGAAGGGAGAUCGUCACGUUCCUCCUUGUCACGAAUCUGGCCAUGUGGGCGAUCAACACGCUGGAGAAGUCGAGGGCGGAGUCGCAUCCGGUCCAGCUGCACUUCUACGGGCUUUGGGCGUGGACGAUCAUCACCCACGUCUCGAUGCCGUUGGCGAUAUUCUACAGGUUCCACAGCACCGUUUGCCUGUGCGAGGUCUGGAAAAGAGCGUACAAGGUGAAGCCUACCUACAUGUGACGUAAGGGGUCCCGUGAGGUCGUGUGCAAGACGGCGGCUCCUCAACGACCGAAAACCCUGCCGGCCAGGCUGGACGCCAUCGCGGAAAACGAUCCGAUUUACUUUAUGUAACAGAGAGAGAAAGAGAGAGAGAGAGAAAGAUUCUCUUCUUUCGCCUCUCUUCUUCGUUCUCGAGGUUCUCGCCAAGCUCCUCAAACUGCGAAUAUAUAUAUAUAUAGUAUAUAUCGUUCACCAGGCGUUGUUCUAUAGGUAUUUGUGCGAUGAGCGAUGCACGAUGACGAGCCUCGAGUUUGAGAAGAAAUGGCGGUUGCGGUUUGUUUAUUAUUAUUACUUUUUUUUCGAUCGUCGAGAAGUCGCGUUUAUUUAUAUUAUCGUUUAGAUAAUAAUUGUAUAAGGU